CGGACAACCACCACUUGACCACCCUUGCUCGCACUUUCUCGUCGUUUAUCCCUAUUCUCUCUGGUCUGGUGAUAAUUCAUAAUGCCUCCGGUACCACAACAAGGACACCCGGCGGGGCUGACUGUGUGGCAAAAGCUAAAGAUGGGUGCUGCCAUGGGCGCUGGUGUCGGGCUCACAAUGGGCUUCUUGUUUGGCAGCUUUAGUAUUCUGCGAGGAGGCGCAGGUCCCCGCGGUGUGCUACCAACACUUUCGCAAUAUAUGCUCGGGAGUGCUGCGACGUUCUCGUUCUUCCUCGCCAUUGGCUCGGUCAUUCGCAAUGAUGGCGAACUUCCUCCCCACUUGGAAGCGGCCCGAAUGCACUUCGCCUCACCUGUCAUCAGAUCAAGAACGGAGGGUCUGUCCAACAUGAAAUUACAGUGGGCUUUGGAGAAGCAGAGGCGAUCCUCCCAGUGAGAGUUCGUUGCGUACUUGGGACCUCCUCGUGCUGUCUCAUGACAUGUCAAAACUCGCUCUGCCAAUAUCUCAUUUGUGCUCUACUGUUCAACCUA